AAAGGGAAGGGGUGUAGGAAAGAAAAGCGAAGGCAGAAAAGAGCCCGGGCUUGUAGGGAAUGUGGUUAGGAAGUGUGUGCUUGUCAUUGAACCCUCAGUGGGUCCUGUAACCUUUGCCUCCCACUGGGCGGAGUAGGGCCUUUAAGAGCAGCUGGAAUGCAGCUCCCCUGAUUAGCUUAGCCAGUUAUUCCCUGUCUGAACCUCUGCUAGCCCUAGAGAACUGCUCCGUUCAGACCAAGGGACCUGCGCUCUUCACCCCAGCCCACUUCUUGCCUGAGCAAGAAACUUCCAGCGGGAAAGUAAGUUCCCAUCUGUAGAGCCAUGGGAGAGGACGCUGCACAAGCAGAAAAGUUCCAGCACCCAAAUGCUGACAUGCGCCAGGAGAAGCCAUCCAGCCCCAGCCCGAUGCCUUCCUCCACACCGAGCCCCAGCCUGAACCUGGGGUCCACAGACGAGGCCAUCAGGGACAACUCGCAGGUGAAUGCUGUCACCGUACACACACUCCUGGAUAAGCUAGUCAACAUGCUGGACACCGUGAGGGAGAACCAACACAACAUGGAGCAGCGGCAGAUCAACCUGGAGGGCUCGGUGAAGGGCAUCCAGAAUGACCUCAACAAGCUCUCCAAGUACCAGGCCUCCACCAGCAACACAGUCAACAAGCUGCUGGAGAAGUCUCGCAAGGUCAGCGCUCACACGCGCGCAGUUCGAGAGCGCCUGGAGAGGCAGUGCAUGCAGGUGAAGCGUCUGGAGAACAACCACGCCCAACUCCUCCGACGCAACCACUUCAAAGUGCUCAUCUUCCAGGAAGAAAGUGAGAUCCCUGCCAGUGUGUUUGUGAAGGAGCCGGUUCCCGUCCCCGCAGAAGGCAAGGAGGAGCUCGCUGAGGAGAACAAGUCCCUGGAGGACACUCUGCACAACGUGGACCUCUCCUCCGAUGAUGAACUGCCCGGGGAUGAGGAAGCCAUGGAAGACAGCACAGAGGAGAAGGUGGAAGAAAGCAGGGCAGAGAAAAUAAAGAGAUCCAGCCUGAGGAAAGUGGAUAGCCUCAAGAAAGCAUUUUCUCGCCAGAACAUCGAGAAAAAGAUGAACAAGCUGGGCACAAAGAUCGUGUCUGUUGAGAGGAGAGAAAAGAUUAAGAAGUCGCUCACGCCAAACCACCAGAAAGCAUCUUCAGGGAAAAGCUCCCCCUUCAAGGUUUCCCCCCUCUCUUUUGGUAGGAAGAAAGUCCGAGAGGGAGAAAGCUCUGCGGAAAACGAGCCCAAGUUAGAAAACCAGAUGCAGAAUGACCAUGAGGAGGGUUCCUUUACAGAGGGUCUUUCCGAAGCAUCCCUCCCCAGCGGCCUGGCGGAGGGCAGCGCAGAAGAUGCUGAGAAGCCAGCCUUGAAAGGGAACAACUCCGGCGUGGGCAGCAACGCCGACCUGACCAUUAUGGAAGAUGAAGAAGAAGAGUCGGUGGACCUGCAGCAGGUGCGCUAUGAAAGCGGCUACGAGCUCAACGCCGAAGAGAUGGAGGGAUCCAGUGAGAAACAGGUCCAGCCGGCUGUGCUGCAAGUGGACCAGACUGCCUGAGUGCACAGCCAGAACACUGGGUCAGCUGCAGAAUCCAGGGCUGGCUCAGCAGCAUCUGCAUCCCGGAAACCACCUCUACACCUCUCCAUCUCUGCCUGCCUCCCGCUGGGACUGUCCAGGCCUUGAUUACUGGUCAUACAUGGGAUCAAGGAAGCAAACCGCCAGGGAUUCCAUUUUAGUUUGCUCUUAGGUUCUGCUUGCGUAGAAUUUCUCCACGAUUGGAAGAAGAAAAAAACGGAGCAGUUAAAAAUCACCAAUCUAUUUGGCUUAGUCGGAAAAAAUAAAGGAUAUUUAAGACAAUAGUCAUGAAAUGUGAUUUUUUUUCCUCAUCAUUCUAUCAGCUUGCUGAAUAGUGUAGCAGUAAUAUAGUGAAUUCUUACCGUAGUCUAUGAAUGAUGAUUCUUCAAAUAUGUGAGAAAGGGUACACAUAAGUCUGUAAGCUGAGGGUAUAACUAUGUAUUUUAAGAAAAGAAACAUUUACAAGGGAUAGAGCAGAAUUCUCAGCUGGUUAUUCUUCACAGAAGGCAGUAUAUUACAAGUGGGGGUUGGGAGGUUAUGAUGGUCAGGUAAGAGCAUGAGGGCUGUUGGGCUCGAAAACGAAGGUGGAAGGACUGGGAAAUGAGAGAAAUGGAAAACAAGGAAUGCCAAAACGAAUGGUGACUAAGGGAAACAAAGGGUGCGCUUUAAAAGUGAAAUGUUGACAUUUUAAAUCCAUUUCACUCUUUAGAUAACAAUACGAAAGAAGUUCACAUGUCUUGCAAGAGUAUGUCUUAUCUUCCCAGUGUUUUCAUAGUCUAGCAUUAAAUAGUAUAACCAGAUAUCCUGAUAUAAAAGUUGUGGUUCUUCUUGCUAAAUAAAUGACAGAACACAUCCACCUGUGAAGAAGUUAAAAAAGGACAUUGUCGCUUUAACCUUCGAAUACUAUGUCUGCAAUCAGUAGCAUGUACUCUUUUAUGGGAAAGCCAGUCACAUGAUUCUUCAACUUUUUUUCAUUUUCAAGUGGCCUUUCCACUCCAAAUAUGAUAUAGGUUCAAACCUGCAUGUCUAUGUAGAGAAAAUUUCAGUUUUCCCUCUUUUUAUAUACAUAAUGGUAAUGUCAUUCCAGGUAGUAUUUUAUUUAUACAUUAACUUCACAGGAUAUUAUUAAUGUGUUUUAGCUCCUAAAAGCAUGCUAGUAUUUUAUGUCAUGUGUAUGCUCAUUCUGUCUAACAUACUAAAAAGUUACUUUAUCUUUUGUUCAUUACAAAAUGCCUAUGUUUUGCUAAAUUACAGUGUAAGGAUAGGAGACCCGGGCUUGAACUCUGUCCUCUGAGUGUGCAGUACCACAAGUGAUCUGACAGCCGGGUGACUCUAAGCAGCAGCAGCCACACGCUGUCUCUGACUGUGCAAAAGGGGAUGAGAUGAACACAGUGCAUUGAUUGUGUGGCCUAUUCAUCUGUGCUCCUAUGUGGCAACAAAUGUAACCCCAGAUACCGAAUUAUUGAACUAACAAUACCUGUGUGACAUAAUAUUAAAUAAACCAAAAAAACAAGAAGUA